AUGGUGGGCCACGACGAACUAAAUGAGACCGAGCUCCGCGUCCCUGAUCCCUUCAGUGUUUGCGAAGUCAUCCGCAUGCAGAUCGACGCCUUCCCCGAUGAAUUCAUCUACGGUGGCAAGUUGACUCCCGACAAUCUACCUUUAGUCUACGACCGUAGCGUCAAGCUACUCGAAGAUAUGAAGGCUGCUCUAAGUGAAGCCAGGACCAAGGUCCCGGUGAAGAAUAGGCAUAUGCGGGUAGAACAUUGGAUUUGGAUGCAGCGGUAUGAGGAGGCCAUGGCGACUAUGAAGCAAACACGCAACAAGCUACGGGAUCACUACAGUCGGGAGAUGCUCUUGAUACUUAAACGUGGCUAG